CCCUCUCUCUCUCUCUCUCUCUCUCUCCGUUGAAAGGUCGAGGAGCAGCGGAGAAGUGACGCCUGUGGUGGUCAGGGGGGUUCGCCCGAUCGCCGUCGAUGUUGGGACUCAACGUGACGGCGCCACCGGCUGUGAGCCCGCCGCCGGGCAAGGAGCAGCAAGCGGCUGGGGUGGGGAUCCUCCUGCAGAUCUCUAUGCUGGUGCUUUCCUUCGUCGUCGGCCAUGUUCUCCGCCGUCACAAGUUCUACUACGUCCCCGAGGCCAGCGCUUCCCUCAUCAUAGGUUUACUUGUUGGUGGACUUGCUAAUAUUUCAGAUACUGAAACCAGUAUCAGGAGGUGGUUUAAUUUCCAUGAGGAAUUUUUCUUCCUUUUCUUGCUGCCGCCAAUUAUAUUCCAAUCAGGGUUCAGUUUAGCACCGAAACCAUUCUUUUCAAACUUUGGGGCCAUUGUCACAUUUGCUAUCUUAGGAACAUUUAUUGCUUCAGUGGUAACAGGGGUUUUAGUAUAUCUUGGUGGUUUAACGUUUCUGAUGUACAAAUUGCCAUUAGUUGAGUGCCUGAUGUUUGGUGCUCUCAUAUCUGCAACUGAUCCUGUUACUGUUCUGUCAAUAUUCCAGGAACUUGGUACCGAUGUGAAUCUAUAUGCCUUGGUGUUUGGAGAAUCUGUUCUAAACGAUGCUAUGGCAAUCUCCUUGUACAGGACCAUGUCAUCAGUUCAAAGUCAUGCCUCAUCAGGACAAAAUUUUUUUCUAAUUGUUGUGCGGUUUCUCGAGACAUUUGUUGGCUCAAUGUCAUCAGGGGUUGGUGUUGGAUUUAUUUCUGCUCUGCUCUUCAAAUAUGCUGGGUUGGAUAUCGACAACCUUCAGAACUUGGAAUGCUGUCUUUUUGUCCUUUUCCCAUACUUCUCUUACAUGCUAGCAGAAGGAUUAGGUCUGUCUGGCAUUGUCUCAAUACUGUUCACUGGAAUUGUCAUGAAGCAUUAUACCUUCUCAAAUUUAUCAGAAAAAUCUCAACACUUUGCUGCUGCCUUUUUCCACUUGAUUUCAUCAUUAGCAGAAACAUUUGUGUUUAUAUACAUGGGUUUCGACAUUGCAAUGGAGCAACAUAGGUGGUCACACCUAGGAUUUAUCUUCUUUUCAAUUAUCUUCAUAGGUGUUGCAAGGGCAGCACAUGUUUAUGUUUGUGCUAACUUGGUCAACAUGGCUCGACCAACAAGUCGCCAAAUACCUUUGAAGCAUCAGAAGGCACUGUGGUAUAGUGGUCUUAGAGGGGCUAUGGCUUUUGCACUUGCUCUGCAAUCAGUACAUGAUCUACCUGAAGCACAUGGCAAAACGAUUUUCACAGCUACCACUGCAAUUAUUGUUUUAACAGAGCCAUAUCAUACUUCUGAAGAUGUCAAUUACCUACUGCUUAGCUUUUCAGUGUAACACAAACAUAUUUUCUUAGCUAACCCUCAUCUUGGCUCUAGGAUGCUUUUUCAAGUAUGUCACACCAUAUUAAAGUUCCUAUAAGUUUGGUAAUUCAUAGAAUAACUUUCCUGAUCUGCAUGCAUGUACAAAUUUGGUCGUACAUAGGCCUUAUUUGUGCAAUAAGUCAUACUCUGUGGAAUUCAAAUAUGUCUAACUAUAUCUUUUUGUUGUUUAUUGUUAUGGAGCAUUGUUCUCGAAGUUGGUUACCUGGGCUAUAUUGUCAAGAAUUCUUUGCAGCAACCAUCAAUGAAGUUGAACUUGUUGCAUAAAGAUGGCACUUUAUAUACAUGCAUACAGUAGUGUCAGCAUGCAGUAUCUCUAUUGUAAUAAUUUUGAGGAUAGGAAAAGCAGUAGAGCAAAUUGAAAAGAUAUGGAAAAUGGAAUCUUGUGAGUCUAUGUUUGCUAGAGCCAGCAUGGAAGUGCCUUCUUGAGCUUGAAAUAUGAUGGAUAAUCUUCAGUAGAUUUUAGUGCUGAGAUGUAUUCUUCACUUAGUUAUAAAAUCAAAGCAAUGGAUCAUGGAAGGUAGUAUCCAGAAGUUUCUUUCCUGGAAUUUCUCUUUCUUCUUCUUUGGUGGUAGUUGAUUAUGUUCUUCCCAUUGUUUCAGAUGCUUCUUCUGAUGCACAUUCUCAUUUCCCCUACAUUUGAGCUAAAUGAUGUUCCAAAUUGGAAUAUUUAAGAUUAAAACAAUAAAAAAUGAAUAUUGUAAGCUUAUUUAUGUUUCUAUUCAGGGCAUUUAAGAUUCAGCCAAUAAGAUCAUUUAUUAUGCU